GUUGCUACUGCUAACGGCAACCACUAUCGCCAUUAAAUUUCAAUAAUAAAGUUCCAAUUAUUGUAGAUAAGAUUAAAAAUACCAAUUGGUUUUUGUUUCACAUAUAAUAUUUAAGUCAAAGCCAAAGCCCACAAUCAAAUCCCGCACUAAUAUCAGUUGUUAUAAAUCAUUGAUUCAUAUUGAUUAAAUUUUUGGUAGUUACUCUGCAAAUUCGACGGUUUAUAGUUAAUGGUUUUUCCUUGAUCUUCUUGUCGUCGUUUUUUCAGAAUAGUGUAAUUUUGAAAAGAGAAGUUUUUAAUCAAGUUCAAAAAUCCUUCCUUUUUUUCAAAGUGAUCUUGCAUUUAUGGUUGUCUUCGUCUUCGAAUCCGGGAAACGUCAAAGAAAAUACGGGCUUUCCACUUCUAGUGUUUGUCAUAUAUCAGCAUGUGUGAUUGCGCGAGAGAGUUUUGUAAGUGAAAAUCUUGAAAUAAAAAAAAAUUAAGAAAGCUCGCUCUUCGCGUCUUCGAUAUCACUUUAAUUAUUAUUUUAUUGAAUAAUUAUUAAUCGUUGCAGCUUUUCACGGUCUUUUUGUAACCGGUUUUCUGAUGUGUCUUUUAGUUUUUCCGAUGUUCGUUUUGUCGUAUUGUUUUGACUCACGUUGUCAGUUUAAUUGUUUGUGAUAAUUUUGAAAUUUCAAAUCGUUUUCGUUUCGCUUUCGAUGGUGUUGAAAAUAUUGUGAGUUAAGCUCUUAUAUUUCUCUUGUUUAAUUUAUGAUUUAAUUCUAAUAAAAAUAACAAAACGAAAUUCCAUAGAAAUUUCAUAUUGUUUGUUUUUGUCUUUGAGUGUAUUGAAAAAAAACGUAAUUCUUAUUUUUGAGCGUCAAAAAGUGAAUAUCAAAUAAUCAAACGUAUUAAAUUAAUCACAUAUUAAAUAAUUUAAACAAAAACAAAAAACACGAAUUAACCUUUGGAUUUUAAUUGAGGAUUGAUUUUGAUGGUAAUCAGCAUUCGGAAAUUCAAUUGAGUGACGUCAUUGCCGUUCUCGAAAUGCUAGAAAAUAACGACGGUAUUAACGGAACAAUGGGUGGACCUGGGGUCCAAAAUAUUGAUCCCAAUCAACCUUCAACAUCUAAUUUUAAUGGCAAUGGUUUAAUACAGCAACAGCAGCAACAACAACAACCACAGCAACAACAACAAUCCGCUCAACAACAACAGCAACAGCCAAAUAAUAAAAAAUUAAAAAGAACUGCUUAUGUCAAAAUCACAGAACAACCAGCUUGGAAAGCGUUACGGUUCCGUUAUGAAUGUGAAGGAAGAUCGGCUGGAUCGAUACCAGGAGUUAAUAGCACACCGGAAAAUAAAACGUUUCCCACCAUUGAAAUUGUUGGUUAUAAAGGACGAGCGGUGGUUGUUGUGUCAUGUGUAACGAAGGAUCAACCAUAUAGACCACAUCCUCAUAAUUUAGUUGGUAAAGAAGGCUGUAAAAAAGGAGUUUGCACACUGGAAAUAAAUAGCGAAACCAUGAGAGCAGUAUUUAGUAAUUUAGGAAUUCAAUGUGUAAAAAAGCGAGAUAUCGAAGCAGCUUUAAUCGCUCGUGAAGAUAUUCGAGUGGAUCCUUUCAAAACUGGAUUUUCACAUAAAAAUCAACCAGGAAAUAUAGAUUUAAAUGCAGUUCGAUUAUGUUUUCAAGUUUUUCUUGAAGGCGAUCAAAAAGGUCGUUUCACAGUACCACUUUUACCUGUUGUUUCUGAUCCUAUUUUUGACAAGAAAGCUCUGUCAGAUUUGGUUAUCUGUCGUCUGUGUAGCUGUUCGAGUACGGUUGAUGGUGGCAAGGAGAUUAUCCUUCUGUGUGAGAAAGUUGUUAAAGAGGAUAUUUCGGUGCGUUUCUUUGAGGAACAAAAUGGCAAUCUGGUGUGGGAAGCUUUUGGUGAUUUUCAACAUCAAGAUGUACAUAAACAAACAGCCAUCAUUUUUAAAACACCACGCUAUAGGACGGUACAGACAAAUGAAAUAGUUAAGGCAUUCAUUCAACUUAGACGACCAUCAGACGGUGCUGUUAGUGAACCUCUACCAUUUGAAUUUCUUCCCAUAAGCUCAGGUAGGCGUGCUUUCUGGGCAAUCCGUAAAAAUUUGAAACGGAAGGCCGACAUGGGUGUAUUUCAGCAAAUACUCAAUGAAGAUAAGGCGGCCAUAUUGGCUGCCAAACAGGCAAUACCCUCUUACUCGGAGGUGGGUUGUCAAAGUGACGUUAUUAAUUUAGAUACUCCAACGGAAGAGGAUCAUACGAAGUCUUUUGAGACCGAAGAUGAAGAGUCGGUAAAGCGACGCAUGGAAAAAGAGGUCGAUAGUAUAAUUGAUGAAAAACUUAAAGAAAUGGAACUAAGAGAACCCGAAACAGAGCCAGAAUUAGAACUGGAACCAGCACCAGAACCUGAUCCUGAACCACAACAACGUUAUCAAAGCGUUCAAACCCAAACUCAAGAUUCAUUGGAAGACAUUGAAGAUGAAUCAAUUCAGGAAGACAUUUCAGAGCCACGCAAAUUGUCAGCAAAUGAUAAAAUAACCGAUUGGCUUAAGUCAAAUGACGAGUUUGAACGAACCGAUGACAGUGAUUCUCCUCCGGUCAAUGGACAUCAUGUUACGACUCUUACAACAUCGACUGUGGUAACUUCGGAAGAGGAUAAGACCUUGAAUGACUUGCUUGAUCAUUCGGAAGAACUUGAGGAAAUCUACAGUGACAACAAACUUAGAAUUGAAACAUUCAAUAAUACACUGAUAAAUGAACUUGCUAGUUCUUCCGUUGAUGGAAGCUUGACCAAGAGUUCUAUCUCCAAAAUGGAAGUUGAGGAGAGUUUUGAUGAUGCUGCAACAUAUACAAGCCUUGAGAUGGCAUUUAAAAAUCCCUAUCCAAUGGCUGGUCGUGGUAUUUCUGGUAUGUCGGGUAUGUCUGGAAUGGCAGGUUUGACAGGUAUGUCAGGUAUGACAGGUGUGAUGCGAUUGCCUGCUGAGCGGGUAGCCAAUCAUGAUCCUGUUGAGAUCAUUGUUAAUCCUCCAGCGGCGCUGCUUAACAUGCCUUCGCCUACAGGAAACCGGUUGAGUUUUGUUGGUGAUGAGAAUUGUCCUCCACUUCCCCCCAAACGUAUACGUAAGCAAGACAUACCUAUUAACCCACCUGCUCGAAGCAGCCCAACAUCUCCAGCAAGACCUCCCUCACAGAUCAUCAUUAUGAAAACUCCCGACCAAUCGCCACCAACGAAAAAACUACCACCAACUCCAAAUAAUAACAAUAAUAUGUCCCGGCAGAAAAAGCCUGGUUUCUUUUCAAAGCUCUUCUCACGGCGAAAGAGUAAGUCCGAUCUAUCGCAGACUUCAUCAUCUCCAGGCUCAAAAACCGCAAGUCCAAUGGGUUCCCGGGAACCCAGUGUAGCUCACUUCUCACUCAACGACAUUAACCGCUCAUCAGUCCGCUCCCUGAAAUCUAUUCAACCAUCAAGUAUAUCGGCAUCGAAUAGUCCCACAAAUGGGGCAAAGUCUGGAAGAACCGUUGGCGGUAAGCCAGUUGGUAGAAGUGUGAGUAGUGUGUCCGGCAAGAGACCCCAUCUUACAGCCGAGGUUAUUCACAUCCCACUUAAAGGCGACUCAUCGAAUAGUCUGCCAAUGCAUGAAGCCUAUUCUGACGCAAGCACUGUGACGUUAAGUAAUAUGCUUGAUAGAAAAACUGUCAGUGCCAUGCAACUGGUUGACAUUCCGAUCAAUGAUGGCAACAUGGAACUCGUCGCCAUUGCCGAUCGGCAAAGUUUGAAAAACUUAUGCGAAGGCCAAUAUGGUGUGGCUCUUCAUCCAGAUGUCGAUUUGACAGAAGCAGAACAUUUUGCUUUAUAUACGAGUGUGCCACCUAAUGCAACAAUGAGUGAAUUCGAUGAAACGUCAUGCUAUUAUGCGCCAGUCGAUGCCGGUGAAAUUCUUACACCCGAAGAAGUUGCAAAACGACUCACCGAAGCAAAUAAAAUUAACUGAGCAAAAUCGAAUAUCUAGUAAAUUUAGUUAGAAGCUAGAAGCUAUUAAAUAUAUAUAACACUACGUGAAGACGUUUGUUUCUUCCCAUCAGUGUUGAACUUGAAUUUAUGUAACGGCUAUCAGUGUCAAUGUCAAUGUCUAUGCUAUAUUAACAGGAGUGUCACUGAAUAGAUGGCCAGUAUUUCUUUUUUUUUGACGACAAUAGUUUGACGUUUGAUUUCCUGAAUUUUAAUGGAAAUGGAAAAUACAUUUAUUUGAAAAAGAAACUUGAAACAAAUAUUAAGGGAUAUUGUCAAUUGUGUUCGUUGUUUGUAUUUGCUCUCACAGAUCAAUCUUGUGAGUUUCAAAAAUAAAAAAAAGUAUUCAUCUGUCAAAGAUAAACAAGAAAUGAAUACUUUGCCGUUGUGUCAUUUUAUAUUGUUGCCCAAUCAAUCGUUUUUUGUAAACCAUUUUGUAUUUGAAAUUUAUAUAUUGUCAAUCUUGUAUACAAGCAAGCUUGUUGCAUUAAUAUAUAUUUUGUUUUAUAAAAAUA